ACAACUUCGACGACCAACUGAGCUCAAAGUUUCAGAGGUUUGUUAUUUUAUGCAUAUUGUACCAUUCGUGCCAAUCAGCCAGUAGAGGGCGCCAGCACGGCUCCGCGGUGGAGCUAGUUGCUGGUUGGCCCCCUGCUGGAAGAUUGGUAAACCCGCUCGCCUGGAGAUGUUUUUUCUGUGUCUAGAUUUGUGAAUUUAUAAAGAUUGGACGUCUGGAAUAAAACGACAUUACGACUGCGAUCGAAAAAAGGAAAGAGGAGUGGAAGAAGCAUUUCUUAAAUAAUGACAUGGUAUCAACUAGUCAGAUCUACUCAUUUGACUGCAAGCUGAUGCCGCAAGGAAAAGAAACCAUCUUAGGGAGGGAGACUAUACCAAAGGGAUUAAGGGACCUACGAGACAAAGGUGGCUCGUCAGUGGAGUGGAACACUUUAGAGAUAGGUCCAAUGGAUGGCAACGGUGACGUCAUCUUCGAACGCGGCGAGUACAAAUUUUCAAACCCAGAUGGUCCCGUGUGUGAAGGAAAGCACUUGGUAAUUUGGAAGAAGGUUUCUGGUGUUUACGAGAUGUAUAUUGAUAUCUACAAUGAAAACAAGUAGAGAUCCGAGCAGUUUA